CGGCGCGCACUGUUCCUCCCUGAACUCACCAAACAUUAGAACGCUCAGCGGGCCUACAUACUCGUACCGAUCAGCUAGAACAACUUGCUGCCGUAGGCGACACGCCCAGAUACGAUGGCUACUGAAAAUUCGGCUACGCGAAGUUCGCACACUGUUUACACCGCGCUCAACGUUCCUACGCAUGCGAGCUUUCCGUCUUCGGCGUGUUUGCAAUGGUCCCCAGACGGGCAGGUUAUCCUGUGUACGAAAUCCGCAGUUUACAUAUUAACACCCGAGGACGGUCUUAGUCUGGAUACUGCGCUGGCGGUUCGGACACCGGUUGCCAAGGACAACAUAUGGAUGACCAACGCCACAAACCUCGCGUGGUACAUGACGAUGAUCGAACUUGGGAAGGGUAUAACGUAUCAAUGGCCAGCCGAAUGUCAAGAUUGGGAAGUCCUAUCGGCCGGAUCACUGGACAUAUCAAUGCGAGCUGUAACAUGCUCUCCAAGCAAUCUGACUGCGGGCGCCGGAUGCGCGCUUGCGAUAUUGAAUUCUAACUUCGAGCUUUCGUUGUGGGCUUCUACGAAGAACCAUCUCAGGGGAGAAUGGACCAAGUCCGCAGAUAUCACGGCCUUUCUGAGAGAUCACUACGUCUCGUAUCAGAGUCCACCUUCUGAGAAGACUCUGGGCGCGCAGAUCACCUGUAUUUCGUGGUCCAAACAAACUGAUUUUGGCCUCUCUCCGGCUCCGCCUUUGGAUGGAUCACUGUUGGCUGCUGGGAACCGCGCAGGCGCUGUGAUACUGUUACGUUCUGAACUGGGGUCUCGAGCAAAAAGUCCCGUGUUUCAUGCAGCAUCUUUGCAGAUCUCCGACAAACCCGUAACUCACGCCGCCUGGACUUCAUGGCAAAACGGCGCCCCAAAUGUUUGCCGUGCUUUCCUGGCAUGUGCUGCUUCCGGCGGCUUCGUCGUUGUGAUCGAAGUUGUGCAGUCUCUUGCCGGAGCCGAACUUACGGUCGAUGUGAAACACCACAAUCCCGAUGUCCCACUCGUGAAAGCCGAUAAUCGCGUUAUCACUGCCAUGGCAUGGAUUGAAAACGAUAGCGGACAGUUCCUUGUCAUUUGCAAAGCUG